AUGGCGAACAAAAUCCUUACAGGAGUUUCUAAAUACAUGCUUAGCACUGUUAAAGGAGUAGAUAUGUACCCCAAAACAAUCACGUUUACAUUUAAAGGACAAGAAGAAUUCAAGACUCUCUUUGGAGGAAUUAUCUCUCUGAUCAUCAAGAUAGUGAUCCUUCUGUACACCUACCAAAUGAUAUCCAUCAUGAUUACCAACAAGAAUAGUUCCAAAAAUGUGAACACCACUGUUCAGAACAUUUUGAACGACACAGAUCCUAUUAAUCUCACUGGUACAAAGUUUCAGUUUGCAGUCAGAGCCACAAUAGAUGGAAUUGAUUUUGACAUGUUCAAUGAACCAAGCUAUGGUACAGCUUCAAUCACACAACUUCUGGUAAUCCAUUUAAGAAUCUUUGUAGGAGUCAUUAAUCAGGUCCCUGUCGGUGUCUCUAGAUGUGGAAACAAUUUUAGAUAUGACAACCAACAGGAAAUUGACUAUCUCAAGCUUAGCGAAUUUUACUGUCCUGAUUCGAGAAAUUUCUCGGUGCUUGGAAACAUUCACUCAGAGACUCUAUCAUUCUUCUCCUUCAGUGUUGCUAGGCAAGAGUAUAGUAUCAUUAGUAGGUGUAACAAUGCAACUAGCUCUGUUACUUGCCAAACAAAUUCCACAAUUGACUCCAUCAUGACUAAGAUCCAGAUCAGACUCUAUGUUGUGAACACAUAUUUUGACUUUGAAGACUAUGAAAACCCAAUCAAGACAUAUCUCGAUGAUAGGUUCUUGUUCUACCUCAUGCCAGGGUUUUCUCAAAAUAUUGGUGUCAGGCUUCAGAAAAAUGAAGCUGAAAUCCAAGACAAUUACUUAGCAUUCGCUCCUGGAGGAAAUGUAAAAGAGUUCAUCGGCUUUGAUACAAUUAUGGACCGUACAGCCACAGAAGGGAACCCCGAUGAAAGUCUUCUUUCUAUCUCAUUCACUAAAGAUUCAUCUUCAAAAUCUUAUGAACGUUCAGUCUUUACUGUCCUGGAAGCCUUUGGAAAUGUCGGCGGUCUUCUUGAGAUAUUUUCGAUUGCUGGUGGGCUCAUCGUUGGUUUAUUUGCAGAGAGGCUGUUCUUUUACACAAUAUUCUCCAAAAUGUACCAGGUGGAAGAACCCAAGGACGAACAAGAGGAAAGAAGAAACUACUCUCGCAGGAUGGUGAAUGCUCAAGAUGAAGAAGAGGAACACAAGGGCAUCGAUAAUGAUCAAUACCAUUCAGAGACACCAAAAGAAGAGUUAGCAAAUCAAGCCAAAGAAGCAAUUAACAGGAGGACUAAAUAUGGCUGGAAGUUCACAGAUCUACUUUAUAACAUCUUAAUGAAAUGAAUUAUUAAUCCUUUCACGAUCUGUUGCAAAUAAAAAAGCCGAUAAUUCUUCUGGGUGUCUUAAAUGAUUGUUUUGUUGCUGAAUAAAUAGAAGAAAUAAGCUCAAUCUAAUGAAAAGGGUGGAAUACUAUUCCAAAGGUGAAGACAAAUAUGCUCAUGAGUUUGAUGCUGUCAAGUUCUCCAAGAACAUGAGGCACCUAGAAACUAUUGUUGCAUCUCUACUCGACGAUAGUGAAAAAUUUGUCAUAACUCACCAAAAGUCUAAUGUGCUGGCUCUCGAUGACAGUGACAGCAAUAGUGAUCAUGAAGAAAUACAGCAGCCUAAACUGUUUGAUGGAGAAGCAAAGAAAAAUUUAUACAGAGUUAAGGUUAAAAGAUUUAUGGAUAAAUACAUGAACGAAGAAUGGACUGAAAGAGAUUAUCAGCUAUGAUCAGGAAUAUUCUCAAAAAACUCACUCAAAAACUCCAAAAUCCAAGCAAUGAUGUCAGCACCACCAAGCAACAGACCCUUACUACCUACUAACCUCCCUGACACCCCUACAAACCUUCCACCAGAAGAGUCCAAGCACCUUUCCCAACCCCCAAAACCAGCUCCCCAACUAUUCAUCUCCAGAGCCUCGAUGCACUCAGUCCAUUCCCCAAAAUCCAAAAUCUCUUCAGCUGAAUAUCCUUAA